UAUAGGUGUGACUGUGAUUAAGGCUUGUAGUUCAUGAGUCUGCAGCUCAUGGAGAGGUGGAUGGCAUGCAUGAUUGCGUCUGAAGGAUUUGUAUAGCCCUGUUGGUGCACAAGUACGGCGUCUACCGGACUCUUUUAAGUUGCAAGUUUUUUUCCUAGGCACCCAGGACUUUCUUUUUAUGAGAAUUCGACAAUUUUUUGCACUGUCUAGGUGGCAUGAAGGUUAAAGCUGAUCGUGAUGAGUCAUCGCCUUAUGCUGCUAUGCUUGCCUCACAAGAUGUCGCGCAAAGAUGCAAGGAGCUUGGAAUUACUGCAUUGCACAUUAAGCUCUGUGCUACUGGUGGAAACAAGACCAAAACCCCUGGCCCUGGUGCUCAGUCUGCUCUUAGAGCUCUUGCUCGAUCUGGCAUGAAGAUAGGCCGUAUUGGUAAGCAUGCUGACAUGUGAAUUUUCCCUUUUGCAUCUCUCAUUUAUCUGUGCUAGAUUUAAAAAGGUCCCAUAUGUAUUCUGCUGUAUAUUAUGCAGAAAUUUGUUAGUUAGAUGGUGUUUUCUAUUUGAGCAGUAAAUGGUGUUUGUUCUUGUAUUUAAUGGCAGAUCCAAAAAAGAAGGAAGAGAAGCAUGUGAGAAAGAGAAUUGUGAA